UCUCAGCGUGUGCAUCUCUAACUCUACCAAGCAUCCGCCCACAUUCGCCCCUCCUAGUGACCCUAUGGCGCAGCUCCUCCAUGAGAAACGGAACCCUAGAUCCAAAUUGGCUGAGGGGAUUUCUGGCUCAAUUAUGAGCCGCCUCGCUUCCUCACCGGUGCUACCGCUCGAUGAUGAGGACCUUCUCCAAGAGAUCCUCAUCCGCCUCUCUCCACAACCAUCCUCCCUCCCGCGCGCCUCCCUUGUCUGCCCGUGCUGGCGCAGCAUCCUCUCCAACCACAAGUUCCUCUGUCGCUUUCGCAAGCAUCAUAGGAAACCACCUCUGCUUGGCUUCUUCGCAAGGUGUUUAAUCACUAAAACGACCGUCUUCACUUCCGUCCUUGACUCGCCUGACCGCAUCCCUGCUGGUCACUUUCUCGUGCCGCACAGCCACAACCCAUCCAAGCGGUUGCGCUUCAUGGGAUGCCGCCAUGGCCUCGCCGUCCUAUUUGAAAUGUCACUACAUUCCCCCAUGCCAACAGGUUUGAUUGUGUGGGAUCCACUCACUGGUCAACAACACAACCAUUUGACAAUGCCACCAGGGCUCAAUGGAGACAAAUGGAAGUGUUGGAAUACCACUGUGUUGUGCACUAAUGUCAAAGAUGGGCAUGUGCACGGUGAUUGCUUCUCGAACCCAUUCAAAUUUGUCUUGAUCUUCAACAGAGACACAGAUGCUUCAGCAUGCGUCUAUGAAUCAACAUCUGGUGUAUGGGGAGAUAUUGUCUCUGUGGUGACCAAGAAAGUAAUUUCUCCCCUGAGACCCAGCAUCCUGAUUGGAAAUGUACUUUACUGGUUGCUUGUUGGAGGUGAAGUCCUUGUGCAUGAUUUUGAAAGGCAGAGUCUUGGUAUGAUUGAGAAGCCAGCAGACACACAUAAUGGACAUGCCGAGUUUUCUUAUCAUCUCUUACGGACAGAGGAUAAUGGACUUGGUCUCGCCAUUGUGUCUAAUUUUACAAUCAAAUUAUGGGAGAGGAAAUCCAACCGUGAUGGUGUUGUUGGCUGGGAGUUUUUGAAGAAAGUUGCUCCAUUGGAUGGGUUGUUUCCGGAGCCGAUGCUUAGUGGUCACAUGUGGAUAUUUUUGGUGGGGUAUGAUGAGGACACAAAUGUGAUUGUUCUGUCUACGAUGACUAGCACGUUCAUGCUCCAACUUGAUUCUAUGCAAAUCAGAGAUAUUUCUGUAAGAACUAAUCUACGUCACCCAGUCAUUUAUCCCUAUAGAAAUUUCUAUACUGCAGGUGAGGAGAAGGGUACCCAGCCGAGGACUACUACAACUACACAUAUGGUGAAUUGCGGAAUAUGACAAUGAUAUAUGUGACCUAGAAGGCACAUGUGGGGGCUGGAAUUAAUGAACAUCAUAUAAUCUAAAGCUAUGUAUUUCCUGAAUGCUUGUAUGACCAUCUAUCUAGUAUGGCUAGCUGGAGCUCAAGUGCUAAGAGAUGUAAUAAUCGAUAAAGUUGUGAAUCCUACUUAAGACUUCUAGCCCAAUGUGGCAUGUUAUUCUAAUUUUAAUACCCAUCUAGCUAUUCCA